AUGAACACUCAAUUACAGGAUUCUACAGCCACUCCCCAUCAAGGCGAUACCCCCACAGCUGCACAGUCGAAUGCACAGCCACAGCGCGGCACCAUCCCUAUCUAUCGCCGGGGUUACGGAGCAGUGCGCUCUCGCGGCGUGGCGCCGCGCCCGCUAGUAUGGGAGGACGGUCGUCUGCGACAUAUCCAGGUGCCCGAGGAACCGCCUAACAACCUGCCCUUCCCCGGUGCAGUGGUGGGUCGUGGUGGCAUCUUCCCACCUCCCUCUUUCCCUCCCCCCUCUUCCUCUGCUGUUUCGCCUGCUACUGGAGGAGAGGGUGGAGAGGGCGAUAUGGAAUUUCGUUCUCCUCUGCUCAAGGGCCGCGGACGCACUGGCCGGCAACGUGGACGUGGCAAGGUUUCCACCCCUGUCGCAUCUUCUUCCCGUUCCUCUUGGCAGCGGGAAGGUGGUACACCCACCUUCAGAAUGCCCGAGAUUAAUGCAAACCUGCCCUCUCCACGAAAAAGGCCCAUUCUCCCAACUGAUCCUUCCCUUCCGCCGUUUAGUCUGUCAGCGGAGGAACCGAUUCCCCCGAACAGCGUGCUGUUCCCUGCUUUGGAAAGUGAUCAACCCAUCAGCAAUGCAAGUGGGCCUCUGUCGAAGAAGAUGAAGAGCAGUGGUGUUGACGAUUUGGACAUUGAAACAUUGAAAACGUAUCGGAGAUUGAAUGGAUACACGUUGUUCACUUUGGCGAUGAAGAAGAAGUACGGCGUGAGUAACGACGAUGGGGGUCAGGAUCAGAAGUCACAGAAUCGACGUUGGCAGGCGCUGUGGUCAACCCUGCCAGAGCGUGACCGUCAGCAAUGGCGAGUGCGAGCGCGGCGGAUGCAAAAGGCGGUGGAGGCAGCGCCGGAGAAGAACCUCGCUGCGGAAGUGAAGCGUGCAAACGAGCUGCGUCGUGCAGAAACCCAACUGGCCCGCUCUGAGACCUCUAAGUACUCCCUCAUGGACUUGGCCGCACAUUUCCAACUCCUCUCAGACGUUUUUGCCAGUGCUGCGGAUCUCAUGGGCGAGUACCGGGGCCCUGUUUCAAUGGAGGAGGUCACUUCAUCGCUCCUCGACGCUCUCUUGACUUGUCUCAUCCCUCUGACUGCCAUCGCGAGCGAAGUCGAGGCUCUGGCCGGUGCACCGGAUAAGACCACUGUCUGCUCUGGUCUCUCCUCCCUCGCCCAUAUUUUCCCCAACUUCUGA